AUGAACGCACCUCUCUCUCUCUCUCUCUCUCUCUCUCUCUCUCUCUCUCUCUCUCUCUCUCUACCUUCUCCCUCCCUCUGCCCUCUCUAUCUCUCUCUACCUACCUACCUACCUACCUACUCACAGUAUAACUUUCAUAACAACAUUGCAUUUUCUAUUCUCUCUUUUCUUCUCAUAACAUUCUCUUUCUCUCUCAUUCUGUCUCUCUCUAUAUAUAUCUCUCUGUCCAAUUCUCUCACUCUCCUUAUCUGUUCAAUUCUCUCUUUGUCCACUCUCUCUUUCUCUCUUUCUCUCUCUCUCUCUCUCUCUCUCUAUGUCCAAUUCUCUCUUUCUCUGUGUCCAACUCUCUCUCUCUCUUUCCCACCACCACUCUUUAGUCUCUCUCUCUCUCUCUCUCUCUCUCUCUCUCUCUCUCUCUCUCUCUCUCUCUCUCCUUCCCCGAUUGACUUAAUCCGGUGUCACCGUAACCAGUGGUGUCACCUUCGCUGCUAUCGUCGUCGUCGUCUUUCCCGUCGUGUCUACUAUUGUCGUCUUUGUUUUAUACUCUACUUCGUCUCUCCACACUUACAUCUUUCUCUCUUACUCUUAUUCUUACCUCCUCUCAUUAUUUCAUUCUCUCUUUCUCUAAAUCUUAUCUCCACUCAUUGUUUUAUCCUCUCUUUCUCUUAUUCUUACCUUCUCUCAUUGUUUCAUGCUUUCUUUCUUUUACUCCUAACUUCUCUCGUUGUUUCAUUUCGUCUUUCUCUUCCUCUUACCUCCACUCAUUGUUUCAUCCUCACUUUCUCUUACUCUUACCGUCUCUCCCUGUUUCAUUCAAUUCGAUACAGUCAUUUUAAAAUAUCCUUUCACUUGCUCUCUUUCUUUCUCACUCACUCCUCUCCCUUUCUCUCUAUCUCUUUCUCUCUCGCUCGUAUUUAUCUAUACUUCCACGCUUGUCCAUACUCUUUCUUCCCCACUUCGCCUGCUGGCCACGUCGAUGACCCUUAA